AUGUGUUCAGACUCGAGCAAUUCCGACUCAACAGUGUCAAUAUCCGACCUAGACUCAACUAGUUUGAAUUUUAUGUCUGUUGCUCGCGCAAGCUCUCUUCCUCACUCUUCAAAGAGAUAUUCGUUCACAAAGCAACAUCCUAUUGCACUUCCAGAUUCCAGACCCGAUUCUUCAUUCAAUCAACAUUCUUUCCAAAAUCAAACAGUGCCAGUCGACAAUUUAAUAAAUUACCAAAAUGAUGCUCCAACUCUCGUUCACCCUUCUAAUUCCACUGCGACUGAGAAUGUACCAGUCAUGCCUCGACCUUCUCGACCUUCUCUGGCUACGAGCGUGCCAGACAAGCACCAAACAUAUCGACUAUCUCAAGCUAUUUCUUCUCAGAUAAACGUGAAUUCAGACGCCGAUUAUGCACAUUAUUCUGUCAGAAUCUCUAGUCCACGGCCGAUGGGACAAUUCGGUCAAUGUGAACAGUGCACAAGUGCGAGAACAGGAUACAAUUGGUGUCAAUACUGCGACACCGAACGGCUUCAGAAUGAUUUUGUGAAUUGGACAAGCGGCUGUAAAGAAAUCGAUGAUUUUAUUCAAGUAGCUCAACUCAAGGCGAUUAAUGUCAGAUCUAUCGUGGAGUGGAUAGACUAUAAAGAAUUUAGAAACGUGAGUCAUCUUGCGAAUGGAGGUAACAGUUCAGUAUUUACGGCAUAUUGGCCUCGAGGACCUAUAAGAGCAUGGGACUUUAAUAUCGGGGAUUGGGAACGAGGCUGGAGUCAGAGAAAUCCAGACCUCAUUAUCCUCAAGCGUCUUAACAAUUCUAACAACGUGACGACGGACUUUUUGAAAGAGUUGGCCGCAUACCACCAAUUCAGCACAAUGGUUACACACGUCGUACGUUGCUAUGGCAUUUCACACUGUCCAAUUACGAACGAGUAUAUUGUUGUCACGUCGUAUGCCGAAGAUGGUGAUCUUCGGCAGUAUAUUUCCAAGAACUUUGAUAAUUUUACUUUACAACACAAGAUAAUCACCCUCAGAGAUAUUGCGGUUGGUUUGGUAACCAUUCAUAGGGCAGGACUGUUACAUAAAGACUUGCAUACUGGAAACAUUCUUCGAUCCGGUAGCUGGACAAUGAUAAGCGAUCUCGGUCUUUGUUGGAAUAACGCUUCUGUAGCAGGAACUGAAGAGACGGUUCGUGGUGUGCUUCCCUAUGUAGCACCGGAAGUUUUACGAGGAAUGGCAUACACUCGAGCAGCUGACGUUUAUAGCGUCGGGAUGAUUAUGUACGAGCUAUGGUCAGGUAGACCACCAUUCGAAACAAGAGAUUAUGAUGCAUCUCUAGCAUUAGAAAUAUGUUCGGGAAAACGUCCGGAAAUUGACACGGAAGACAUACCCGACUAUUAUUCCAUAAUUAUGCAAGCAUGCUGGGAUCGAGACCCUAACAUGCGACCUACAUCGCGUGAAUUAGAAAGGAUAUUUGACAUAUGGGUUGACAACAUGGCCCACAAAAAGCUUCCUUGUCUCAAGACUUUUAGGAGAAGAUCAAUGAAUUUGACAGUGCCUUCUCCAAUGCAUCAUUCAUCCGAACGUACCAAGAGUCUACCUAUACCUCAACUAUCCGCUGAGCAGCAUGAGUAUUUAAAGAGAAUGGAUAAACAUCGAGAAGAGUUAUAUGAUCGUUGUCUUGAUCGUCGUCUCAUUGAGAUGGCUGAAAAAUUUUCUGAAAAACAAGAGCAUGUAAAUCCGAUAACAUGGACGCGAGAACUCAAAACACUUGCUGAUGGCAUCUUUGGCGAUUCCGUAAACCUACGAGAUGCAAGGAUAGUGACCGUACCUGAGCCUAUAACGACGGUGGGCAAUAACGAGAUAGAGAAUAACAAUAUAAACACACCAUCAGUUACGCCUGCUACAUCACCAUCAGUUACGCCUGUUAUAUCACCAGCCGUGUCUGAGUCUAUAAAUACGGAAAGCAGUAACGAGAGAGAGCCUAGCAAUAGUAAGUAG